UUAUUGACAUGUGGAAGAAGGACCAAUGGCAAAAGGCGUUUCAAACGUCCCCUCCUUCCAUACUGUUGAGUGGCACUAGGCGAUUCAGGAAAGGAGUUUCUGUUUGGAUGUACAAGGCUCGAUUCACUCGAAGCUCAUUCUCCGGUGCAUCUGCGUAUUCCAACAGCACACAGAAAAUCACCAGACUAGGAUGUAACCAUUUCCACAUGUUUUUUACGCUUUCUUUCUUUUCUUCAUUUUCUAUUAUAUUUUUUAAUCACUUAUUGUUAUGCAAGGAUUAACUUUUACCAAAAAUGAUCGGGAUAUACUUUUUGUGCCGACAAAGCAAAAUCUGUUCUGAAUGCAAGACCUAUGUGAACCUCUCGAAGGGAUUAUAACAUCUGGGUGGUGUUCGAUGCCCACGGCUUUCCCACUGGAUAUCGGAUUUAUCGCUUUUCGACAGAAUGGAGGGCCGGGAUUUUGCUCCACCGCCUCACCUCCUUGCUGAUCGGGGCGCGCUGGUUCACCGCGCCGCCUCUCGGAUAGCUCCUACGGGGCACAGUUCCGUGCAGCAUCCCGGCCACUUCCAGCCUGGAAAAUACUACCCAUCCCACAUACCAAUGGCUCCGCAUUCAGGUGGGGGUCUGAUGGGGAACUCGUCGGCCUCCUUCAUGGGGACCUUCCUGGCCAGUAGCCUGGGCUCGCCCCCGUCCCACCACUCUGGGCCCCCCUCCUCCCCGUCAUCACCCUCCUUUCGUGGGGGCCCCCACUCCAGCACCUCGCAGAUCUGGUUCCCCCACUCACAUGAAGCCCCAGGGUACCCUCGCUUUUCAGGGAGCCUAGCCCCCACCUUCCUUCCCAUGAGCCCCCUGGAUCACCAUGGCAACAGCAGCGUUCUCUACGGGCAGCCCCGUUUCUAUGACACGCAGAAAGAUUUUUAUCUCCGCGGCCUCUCUUCGCAGCCCUCUCUGCUCUCCACCAAUCACGGCCUGCCAGGCCUCUCUCGGACCACGCCCGGCCACCCGCUGGGCUCGUGCAGUCGAGAGCAGGACCCUGGAGGAGGAGGAGGAGGAGGAGGGGGCGGUGGUGGAGGAGGACCUCCCCAGCACAAGGGCUCUAAAGAGGGGCAGUCAGGCGAGCGAGGAGUGGGGUCCUCCGGGAAGGACAAGGAGAGGUCCGCCAGCAGCAAGCAGGAAGCCAAGGAGCGCCAACAGCAGCAGCAGCAGCAACAGCAGCAGCAACAGCAGCAGCAACAGCAGCAUGGGCAUCUUCAUGGGCACCAUGGGCACCUGUUGCAGCACGCUCACCCGCACCCCCACCACCCGCACCAUCAGCACCCCUCCACACACAACCCCUCGCCGCUGGGGGAUGAGGACCCCCGGCACCCCCUGGAACGGCACAAGGGCCUCCCAUCGCCGCAUCUAGAUCCGACUACAAGAGGACGACCCCAAAAGCACCGCAUGAACAACUGGCGCGCCCGGUGGAGCGGUCAGCAGCAGCACCAUCGGGGCAGCAGGUGCUGCAAGGAGGGCGUGAGCGGGGACAUGAGGAUCAGCGAGCCGCCGCUGCCAUCGCUGCCGUCGUCGUCGUCGCCCUCCGACUGCCUGAGGAGAGGCUCGGUGCUGGGCCACGCGCACACACACACGCAUCGCAGCACCCUUUUCGCACACACACCUUUUCCAAGAUCCACCGCGCCCUCCGCGCCGCGACUCCGGGCGUGGCCCUCCAUGUCACCCUCAAGGGCCACCCCUCCCCUCCCCUUCCGCUGGCAUAGCUAUGGGGGGCGUGGCUCUGCACUACCCACCCAGCGCCAUGCCGCCCACGACUCCACCCCACCACCCCGAAGCUCUACUGCCUCCCCACCCCCUCUCAUGCCCACCUCCUCCGCCCAGGACAAGGGCCACCCCUCGCCCUCGUCCAGGGACUGGAGUGCAUCGGGCCCCCACGUCGCCGGAGAGUCGGGGAAGGAGACCAAAGCCUCUGGGGAGAAGCCCAGCGGGGGAGGGGGGAGCCGGGGGAGCGGGUCGGCCAACGGCCCCUCCAACCCGAGUCCCUCCCAGUCCCAUCCGGCCAGCAGCUGCCAAAGGAAAUCUGCUCAGCAGCAGCACCAUCAGCAGCAGCAGCAGGAGCAGCAAACAGCCGCGCCAUAUGCAGGAAGGUCAGACAAGGUUCUGAUUGGCAUACGGUUCCGUAGCAUCCGCUCCGCAUACACCCGCCUGCAGCGCAGCUGCAUCCGCAGAGCCUCGAUGCCCCAGGGUGCGAAAGCCGGGGUCCACCCGUCGCCGCAGCACCUGGCCAAGAGCGGACUGUACGCGAGCACGCCGCCCUUUCGGGACUGUUCUCACCCGCCCAACGCCGCGUCGCCCCCUCCACCCCGCGUCCCGCCUCGUCGACAGGAAGGGCGGGGUGGAGGGAGAGGGCGAUCUGCGCUGCGACCUCGCGAUGGGCAGGUGAAGGUUGCUAGGAUACGGCACCAGCAACAUGGCGCGUCCGGCUCGGAGCACGAUGGGAAGCACCGGUCGGAGGGGUCAGCGGUGCCCCCGUUGGUCUACGGCAGCCACCCGGUGGCCGGCAUCCCCCCCAGCGGAUGGGCACCACCGCCACCACCACCCCGCGGUCACCACAGCGACCAACACAAGGCCUACCUGGACUCCUUCAGUAACGGUUCCAGCUCUGGUUCCGGAUCUGGUUCCAGUUCCGCCACAAAGACCCACGUUCCUCCACACACGCGGCACGACACGCAACCGCAACCUCCGCCCUCCACCCCUCCCCACCAGAGGGACUCUACAGCGCCCCCUAGCGACGGGGGCAGUAGCGCGGGCAGUGGCAAUGGAGGCAGCGCCAUGAAGAGCCUUAUGAAGUACAGCAGCCAGCCGCUGUCCCUCUCCCAACAGAAAAGCCCCUUCGGGGGCCUGGGGUGCCUCAAGGGGCAGAGCCAGAGGCAACAGAACCAGGGACAGGGGGCAAACCAGGGGGGCAUCUGCACACUCCAGGAAGGAGGGCACACCAAGCAGAGCCUGCCGCCUAGGAGAGGGUCAUCGUCGUCGUCGGGAGAGGGGACAGACUGCGGCGGCCGGGCGAAGCAGCUGCAGUCCGGCGACUUCGACCGGGAGGGCGGAGUCCGGCCAGCCCCAUUGGGAUAAGCUGCGGGAGUCGCCAGGCACGGAACCCCGCGGCGCCCCCCCUGGCGUGCAUAGAGCCACAGACGUACACGCAGGGUGCUGCCCAGCAUGAAAGGUGUGCCGCGGUCCAUGUUCCCGCUGGAACGGGAGCUGGAGGAAGAGAGGAAGAGGAUGACCGAGGAGCAGCUGGGUCUGCCCUCGCUUGACCGCGACCGCGAACUCUUCAUCAGGGAAAACAAAGAACGGGUCGAGUUUGCCAGGAUCCACCCGUCCAGCAGUUGCCAUGGUGACCUGACCUCUCACCUCAUCGUGCCGGGCGGGGCUUCCUUGCAGGCCAGCCAAUUAGGAGCAGACCACGUCUGCUCCCUCUCGCCUGGAGCUUCAGCGCGGCGCUUUGCACCAGAACCUGCCCGCGGCUUUCGGGCGGCGCCAUGCAGCCUGUGCCCCUGCCCCAGGGAUCUGCCCAUCAAGGCUGGUGGUCCUGCCAACCAUCCCACUGCCCACCCAGCUGCACACCACCUGGAUGUGAUGGAGCAGCAGGGUCUGUGGCCGCCCGUCUACGGUGCCCGCGGCCCCGCCUCGCACAUGCAGCAUCCCGCCGUCUACUCCCGCUCCCAGUUUCUCACGGCAGCAAGGGAGCUCUACGCUGCGGCAGCAUCGGCGCACCAGCGGCACAGGCGGGCAGACCGUAGACUGGCCCACCGACGCUCUGCAGCCUGGCGGAAGCCAGAGGACCCACCCAUGGAGCUGGACGACUCGACCCACCAAUCAGAGGCCAGAACCCAGAGGCCCUUCUCCUACCCGUCGUCCAAUCGGAGCUCGGCAUCACCUGGGGCCUGUCCUCCGCUACCGCCCCGGCGUCGUCGACCUUGACGGCGCCUCUCCCAUGUUGCGCUCUCCGGCGACGUUGUCCCGCACCCUAAGCCGCGCCCGUGUCCGGCAAUCGCCGCCCACCGUUCGCCCCGCCUGAGCCCUUUGGCGCCCCCGCACCCCCCCACGCGGGCCGACCCCCAGGAGCAGAGAGCCGAGGGCCAGCCGCCACAGGAUUACCCACAAUCCCUUGAGCCGGACCUUCCUCCGGGAUACACCUACCCGGCUAUCGCCAUGGGUUACAAGGCUGGCCCCUCCCCUCAGGAAGUGCGAUUGGCCGAGCACGCCGACCUGGAGGCGGAGCAAGCCGAGCCUGCUGAGCCCACCCCAGAGCCUCCGGCGCUGCCGCAGGCCCGGAAGGGGGCCGAGUCCGGCUGCCACGACAACGAGCCGCGUUCCGCCAGGACUGACCAGGAAGUGGACGUGGACCGCGGGGAAGUUGAUGCACGGCAAACGAUCGGAGAGGAGGUCGGAGAAGGAGAGGUGGAGAUGGACGCAGGGGUCAUUUGCGCUCCUGCCGAACGCUCCCACCAGCAACUCCGUCCCUUCGCCUCCUCCAGGCCCGCUCCCGAUCCAGGGUCCCCCCAGCCUGCCGCGCCUCCUCCUCCUCUCACGCAGGAGCCGCAGGGAGCAGGAGACGCAGCCGCGCUCCCCCUCCACCAGGAGCAGUCGGCCACGGCGGAGGCCCAGCAGCGUCCAGCUCCACCGCGGAGCGACGAGGCGGCGCCGGACGAGACGCGGCCAGGGGGAGCUGGAGAGGAGUCCAGUCAGACCCACAGCCAGAACCAGAACCAGAGCACCCACUGCCAAGUGCCUCCCGCCUCACCUGCCCAGGAGGAGGUUGAGGUCGCUGGGGCAGCUGUGGAGGCUUCUGGGGUCCCCCGAGUGGAGCAUCUCCAGGGUGACCCCGAGGAGCAGCAGGAGCAGGAGCAGGAGGAGGUGCAGGAGGAGGUGCAGGAGGAGGUGCAGGAGGUGGAGGAGGAGAUGGAGAAGGAGGAGACCCAGUCACCUCCUCACUCUUCCCCAGCGCGUUCUCCAUCCCUGGUCGUCACGGCGCCCAGCCCGGCCGGCGUGUCCGGAGUGUCCGUGUCCGAGCUCGGUCAGCAGUACCCCGGCUCGUGCAUCUGGAGCCUGGAGCUGCUGAUCGCCGCGGCGAUCUGUGCCACGCGGGACGCUGCCAACCCCCUCCCUGGGUCGGGGCCGAUGGGCGUUGGGGCGGCUGGGUCGGCGGUGCCCCCCGCAGGGUGCCACCCUAACCGGGGCAUGGAGCUGCUGAGCGAGAUGGCCGAGCUGGAGGCCCAGCAGCAGCAGAGGAACAGCGCACAGGAGGGGGGAGGAGAUGACCAGCUGACCUUUGACCUUCAGAGUCUGGCAACACUGGCGGCAGCUCGGGCGCUGGAGUUUGAGUCGCCAGGGGCAACAGAGAUGGGCGGCACCAACAAAUGUCCGAUCCGCCGCACCCUCAACCUGCGAAGGAAGUGCAAGUGGACACCUCGCCAUGAGCCGGUGUGUCCGGUGAAGGGCGGCCUGGAGAGGAUGGAUGGAGAGGAGCUGGCCAUGCGAGUGCGUCUGGCCGAGCUGCAGAGGAGAUAUAAAGAGAAGCAGAGGGAGCUGGCCAAACUACAGAGGAAACACGACCACCAGAAAGAGGAGACAUCUCGUAGCCCUGCUCGUCGAGGGCCUGGCCGUCCACGGAAACGCAAGUCUGGCUCCAGUGGUCCUACCGAGCUGCCAAAAAGGGUCAAGUCAGUAGGGGUGGGGCUUAGUCUGCUGGGCGGAGAUGAGGAAGUGGGCAGAGUCGGAGAGAGGAAGAAAAAGAAGAUGACCAACAGCAGCUACGAUCGCCAUGGAGCCACUCAGGUGAAGGUGGGCUGCAGGCCUCGCGGUCGACCCUGUGUGCUGAGCUCCAAGCUGGCCCAGCUGAAGCAGCAGGCCCGGGGGAAGCGCUCUGGAGCCCGGCCCGGAGGCCUGCUCUGCCACAGGGAGAGCCUGUCCAGCCCCAGCCCAGCCUCUGAGCGCUUCGCUGGGGACCACUCCAAGCCCGCGGCCCACAAGACCAGUCCGGGGAACCAGGGAGGGGCCCAGAACCACACAGCGGGCAGUGGCACAUCUGGUGCGCGUCAGGACUGGGCAGGGCAGCGUUUGAUGAUGCGGAGGGGUCGGAGGGCAAAGGGGACGCCAGCGCACCUGCAGGUGGGGGUCCGCAGAAGGUCAGCCGACGGACGGCCGGAGAGUGCUGCCUCUGAGAGCCAGUCCUCAGACCAAGCAGAGGAGGAUGAUGGGAGCUACGACAGCGAGGAUGGCCCGGAUGGUGCCAGAAGCCUGUCGUCCCGGGAGCAGCUAGUCGGCAUGGCGACCCCCGGGUCCGCCUCCUCGUCUGCGGUCAGGAUGGAGGCCAAUCGGAAAGUGGAGAGCAAAAAAGAGAGGCAGGGACACAUGGCUCAUGCGACCGGCGAGGACGUGAAGCCUCACAAGCGGCCGGUAGGGCGUCCUCCGCUGCGCUCGGUCGACAGGAAGCCCCUGGACGCUGGGUCCCGGUCCUGCAUGCCGCCCGCCCGCUGGUGCUUCGGACGCAGCCGCGGCCUCAAGAGCAUCCCCUCGCCCGCCGACCGCCUCAAGAAGGCCACGCGUAAGAGCGCGCUGCAGUGCACCAUGGGAAAGAGGAGAACAUGCAGGUUGGGAGCCGCCCCGUCACAGAAUGAUGACAUCAGAUGGAGCCGAAAGGGCAGGAGUAAACAGGUUACGGGUCAUGUGAGUCAUUGGCUGGAGAGCCACGCAGAUGAAGACCUCAAAGACAGAUCUAUAACCCAGACUCUGCCAGACUGUGUGCUGACUAAGGAGAAGCUGGUGGAUGGACUCAAGGUGCUGAUCUCUAAAGAAGAUGAGCUGCUGUACGCUGCCCACGCGCACACUCUCGGGAUCUCUCCUGACAUAUACAGUGUUGUCAUCGAGGGCGAGAGAGGGAAUCGUCCCAGGAUCUACUCCCUUGAGCAGUUGCUUCAGGAAGCGGUUCUGGAUAAGCGACCAGAGUCUGUGGCGGUUCUAACUGAAGGAACGCGAGUGUGUGCAUAUUGGAGUGAACGCUCUCGCUGUCUGUAUCCAGGAUACGUCCACAGAGGAGGUCCUGGUGAGGAGGAGAAGGAAGGGAGUGUGAUGGUGGAGUUUGAUGAUGGAGACAGAGGCUGGAUCUCUCUUCAGAACGUCCGUGUCCUGCCUCCUGGAUAUCAGGUCCACUGUGCGGAGCCUUCUCCUGCCCUAUUGGUGUCUCCAGGGCGACAGUGUCGCCGGAGCAACACCCAGGAGCGGUCAAGUGCGCAGGCGGAGAGCACGUCAGACAGGCAGACCUGCAGGGACGCCAACAAGACCAUUGCAAAGGCCAGGCCAGGGAGACCAAAGUUGGUCCAUUCCGGAAUGAAAGCGUGCACUUCCGAGAGUGUGACGGGCAGCACCGCGCCUCUCCUCGGAUGGCCGGCCAUGGCCAUGUCCCGGAAGAGACCGCUGGACCUCUUCCACUUCAACGGCCUGCCCAAGAAGGCGCUGCGUGGUGGCCGGGAGUCUGACCUGUUCCCCCUGACGUCCGCGCCGAUGUCCAUGCCGACCAAGAGCAUCUUCAACUCCUCCUUCGAGGUGGACUCUUUCAGCAGCAUCGCCAAUGGUUACUCGUCGUUCGGGAGUCAGCAUCAGCACCACAGUCAAAACCACCACCACCACCACCACCACCACCAGCAUCCGCACCACCCACACCCACAUCAUCCCAAUCCCCAUCCUCAGCAGCAGCAGCAGCAGCAGCAAGGGUCCAUUUUGCCCCUGGGUCAUCUCAAGAGCAGCCCCUACAGCCGGGGCCGCAAACCGGGCGACAGGAAGGAGUUCCUGGUCAAGCUGGACCACGAGGGGGUGACGUCCCCCAAGACCAAGAACGGCAAGGCGCUGCAGCUUCUCGGUGGACACGAGUCGGCCGGCUCCCGGCUGGAGAGAGGCUUCGGGGGCAAAGGCCUAAGCGACGUCCACCACCACGUGGGGUACGCCCACCCGGCGCUGCUGGCCAAGGACAGCAAGAAGGGCAGUAGUGGAGGCGGUGGAGGAGGUGGUGCUGGUGGUAGCCGAACAGAGCUGUUGAUGAUGAAAGGCGCGUCCCAUACCAGGAAGCCCCACAUGGGGCUGGGUGAGUUUGCCGAGUACGGUGGGGCCGGCAGCGCUGCCCACAACUGCCACAGCGACUGCUCCUACUCGGACCUGGACGAGGAGGACGAGGAGGUGGAGGAGGAGGUGGAGGAGGAGGAGGAGGCGGCGGAGGUGGUGCGGAGGAGGGCGGCGGCGCUGGCGGCAGCCCGCGGGGAGCUGCGUUCGGCCGGACGCUUCCUCUCGCGCCUCUCCGUCUCCUCCUCGUCCUCGGGCUCCUCCUCGUCGUCCAGCUCAGGAUCGCUGUCCAGCUCCAGCCUCUGCUCCUCGGACAACGACUCGUCCUACAGCUCCGAUGAGGAGGAAGCGUCCAGGCUGAUGCUCCAGGGUUGCCUGUCAUCCCGGCACCCUCUGCUCCAACAACAACAGCAACAACAACAACAACAGCAACAGCAGCCACAACAGCCGCAGCAGCCUCUAGACCAGGCCUCUGCUCCGGCUAGACACGGCGGCUUCAGCUCCAAGGCCAUGGCAACAUCGGGGUCCAAGCCUUCAGCCAACAACGGUGCGGCAAAGCCACCCCGAAGGAAAGAGACCCCCAGCACUCCCACCAUCUCACCGUCUCCUGCCAAAGCCACCAAAGAGCCGCCCAAGCGCCAGAAAGUGGCGUCCUCAUCGCCGGACAACUCCCCAGCCACCUCCCCUUUCAUGCCCGGCAGACAGCUGUGGAAGUGGUCCGGAAACCCGACUCAGAGGAGAGGUAUGAAAGGAAAGGCCCGGAAGCUUUUCUACAAGGCCAUCGUGAGAGGCAAAGACAUGAUCCGCGUCAGCGACUGCGCCGUGUUCCUCUCACCUGGGCGGCCUCACCUGCCGUACGUGGGCCGCAUCGAGAGCAUGUGGGAGUCGUGGGCUGGGAACAUGGUGGUGAAGGUGAAGUGGUUCUACCACCCCGAGGAGACCAAGCUGGGCAAGAGGCACCGCGACGGCAAGCAUGCCUUGUACCAGUCGUGCCACGAAGACGAAAACGACGUCCAGACCAUCUCCCACAAGUGCCAGGUGGUCAGCCGCGAUGAAUAUGAACGUCUCAGCCGCUCCAGGAAGCCCAAUAGCCACAGCCAGGACCUGUACUACCUGGCUGGGACCUAUGACCCCACCACGGGCCAACUAGUGACCGCCGACGGUGUGUCAAUCAUCUGCUAGAGGUCACAGAAGGAGACCCCUUUGGGAAUUACUACUGAAAGAGUGACGGAUACCACCCACCCACCUCCCCCCCACCCCCCUCCCCACAUGAAUAUGAUAAUAGGGCAGGGGGGCAAUGAAGGCUGGGACUGACCCACAACAAAAAGCUGUCCGUGCCAUUGGUCUUGUUGGGCUCUGACCGCCCCCUCCCUAUCUCUGUGCGGGGAGAGUUGGGUUGGAUGGCGGCUGCCCACCCCAGCUGUUGUGGACCGCAGCAUCAGGUGUCUGAUGCAUCCUUGGUGUCUGCACCGUAAAGAGAUCCAGGGGCGAUAGAGAACCCGUAGGACGGAACUAGAACACUCGAUCCGGCCCGACCCGACCUAAAGCCAAGGAACGUAACUCAGAGAACACGGUCAAGCACUGGAGUCUUCUACAAGAGAAGGACAUUGAUACUGACCUUACCAUUACGAGAUGUGUAAAAAAUAUAAAGAAAAGAUUAUGAAAAGACAAAAAGGCAAAGAGCUCAAUGGGAGGAUGGUCUUUGGGAAGAUUAAAAUGGAGUCUCUCGCUCCCUACACUGGUCUUACAGGUUUCUACAUGCUCCAUCAGGACCAAAAACACUGUUGAACUGGGGUGUAAUAUGGUGUUUGUAACUACGUAUGUCUGAGAGAUAGCGUGUGUGUGUGUGUGUGUGUGUGUGUGUGUGUGUGUGUGUGUGUGUGUGUGAAAGAGAGGAGGAUAAUGUAUAUAAUACUGUAUGUGUGAGUGCCCAAACGACCGCUGACUCGGAAAAAAGAUGCGUGCCAGACGGAGUCGGGCCUUAUCUGUGCCAGACGAGGGCCAGGAGGGAGCCACAUCUGAGCCGGAGGGGAGCCAGAUCUGGCCCCAGUGAGGUGGGAAGCUGGAGGGCCCCUGUGGAGUUGAUGUCGACGCUCACGGUGACUUGACACAAGUGUGUGUGUGUCUGUCAUCUCGUGCCACUCGUCUCUCACACACACACACACACACUCACACAUUAUAAAUAAAACGCUUCAGUGGGGAUUUCCAGGGAUUGUUUUUUGUUUCUUUUUUUAAUAAAAUGCCCAGAUAAAUAUUAUCUUUGAACAAAAAAAGGAAUGAUUUUUUCCAAUCAAGCCAUACACUUCAGUACCUCUCUUUUAUCUUCUUAUUCAGGUGUAUAGUUGUACAAUUGUUUUAUUCUUUGUGUGUGUGUACAUAUAAAAAGGUAUAAACUGUAUAUAUGAUAUAAAUGAAGAGAGAAGUCUAUUUCUCUUUAUUGCCCUCGAUUGUGUUAUUUUUUUAAAAAAUGAGAGAACUGUUAGGUUUGAUCUGGUUAUUAUUUUUCUUUAUUAUUUUGUAUUUUUCCGCUCUCUUCGGAGGAUGAUGGCAGGCACCUCUGCUGCCAUGCCUGCACUGCACACGACCUUUCAUACUAAAGGUCAAAGGUCGUGAAAAGUUGUACAUAAGGACAGGACGGCAUGGUCCUGAGAAAGAGCAAAAGAGUUGGAGAGAGAGAGAGAAAAAGAUGGAGGGUAAUAUAAGGCUUUCCAUGUUCACCUCAUUGUUGUCUGUUAACGUCUUUUAUCUGUUUUUUUUAUACUGCUUUCUGCUUUGAGUUACUUAUGUUUUUUGUUUGUUUUUUUUUUUGAAAAAAAAAAAAAACAAUUUUUUAUCGCACAGUUGUCUUCAUGGGGUUAAGAGUGGAGUCCUAGCAGAAAAACCCCUUUGUGGUCAAAUGCAUGAAAAGGACGAUAAAAAAACGAGGAGAAUCAGUGGUCAUUAAUCCUAUAAGAACACACAGAUCUGAAGUCAUAAACGUAGUCAUAGAGAAGGUAUAGAAAUUUAUCGGGCCAUGAUGUAAACGUGUCCAAACCAAAGCACCUGCCUAAGGUUACUUGUCUUUAGGAUGCAAUAAUAUUGUCUAUAUUUAAAAAAAAAAAAAAAAUCAACAAAUCAGAAAAAUUUAAUGGGACCCCUGCAAUGCUACUAGACUGAUGUACUUUAUCUAAAAGACAAUGUGCAUAUUCACCAAUGUGCACUGCAGCAUGUGUGCGAGAUGUGCACUCCUGCAUGCGGCCAAAACAGCCAGAUCUGUGGCGAGGGCGUUGUGUCUUAGUACACACAUUUUUAUGUUGUGGAGAGAACCCAAAGGGUUUCCAACGGUAACUGUGUACGGCACAAAGUGAAGGACAAUCAGCACCCAAGAAAGAUGGCAGUUAUUUUUUAUUUUUUUAUUUUAUUUUGCUUUGUCAAUGGAUUGAGUUUAAAAACAAGAUGCUCCGUGUCACUUUUCCUCCUACUUUGCCAAAAAUGUUUCAUUGUUUCACUUCAAGUUCUUUGUUUUUCAUUGUCUUUGUCUAAAUUUUUGUUGUUAUUGUUGUUGUCACUGUUCGAUAUGCAAGCCUGUAAAGACUGUUCAGUGUUGGGGGUUAAAGCAAGCAGAAAGAGUUGCCUUUUAGUUCUUGUCGUCGACUAACUUUUUAACAACAUUGUUGCUGUUACACUGCAAAAAAAAGACAAAAAGAAGGAAAAAAAAAACAAAGCAAAAGCUUUAAAGUAAAUCAGAUGUGAAAUCCAUGUAAUGUCACUUUUUGGGUCUAUAAAGGAGUUAAAAAUGGUAUUUUCUUAAAUAAAUAAACAAACAAACAAACAAGCAAGCAAACAAAUUAACACUGGAUUCAGCUCUGAAUAUGAUGAUAUUGCCGCCUGUUCUGUGAUGGGCGGAGCUGCCUUCCCUAAGAGGACUAGCGCUCACGAGACACACCCUCUGGCGCCUGGUCUAUAAGGCUGAAACACUUUGUGACAUUGUUGGAGAUGUAAAAGAAGACAAAAAACUCUAAGAUAUUUCCUCUGUUUAAAAAAAAAAAACAACAAGUUAUUUAUCUUAAUUUUAUUGCCUUUGUGUUGAAUUUCAUUAAAAAAUGUCAAACUACAA